CAGUGUCAGUGUCAGGGAGCUCUGGAGGGGUCACAGCUGAUCACUCUGCAUGCAACCACACACUCUACUCUUGUGUUAUGCAUCCCUUUAAGCGAAAAGAGCUAGGGGAAAUACUUUUGUGCGGUGUUUCCCUGUGUUGUCAUUGCGUCCCGUCUUCGGGUGGCGGAUCUUCGUAGUGUUUGGUGUUUUAAUAGAGUGAACAGUGAGGAUAACCGGAGCGCUCCAGAGAUCUGCGGUUGUGCUUGAGUUUCUCGCCCGGGAUGGCCUCCUCAUCGCGACAGGACUACAUUGCUCCAUGGUGGACCUACUGGCUGCACAAUUUCCCGCAUCUUAAUUUUAAUUUCCAGGCGGUUGAUAAUACUUUUAAACCGGAGGACGCCAGCUAUCAGCAGUCUCUCGUCUUGCUGGCCUGUGUGUCUGCGCUGGGUCUGGGCUUGAGUCUGCUGGUUCUGUCUGCGUAUCUGACCUGCCUGUGCUGCUGUCGAAGGGAAGAGGAUGAGGAAGUCAAAAGGCCUGACACCUGCUGUGUCACAUGGGCUGCUGUUAUCACCGGUCUGGUCAUAUGUUCAGCGGUGGGCGUGGGUUUCUAUGGAAACAGCGAAACCAACGAUGGAGUUUACCAGUUGACUUACUCAAUUUAUAAUGCCAAUCACACACUGGGUGGCAUUGGCAGUCUGGUUGGAAACUCAUUGGGUAGUAUGCAGGUCGGGCUGAAGGAGCAUCUGGAGCGGUUGGAUGAGAUAUUUUCUCCACGGGGAGACUACACCCAAACCUUGCGCUUUAUGCAGCAGAUGGCCGACAACAUUAUCCAGCAGCUGACAGCCAUGCCAGACACAAGGAAGGUGCAAGUGGAUUUGGCAGCCAUCGCAGACCAAACUGCAUUCAUAGAGUACUAUAGAUGGUUAACGUACCUGCUGCUUCUGAUUUUGGACUUGGUCAUCUGUCUCUUAGCAUGUCUGGGAUUGGCAAAGCAGUCUCGAUGGCUGUUCGCAGUUAUUAUGGUGUGUGGGGUACUGACCCUGAUCAUGAGUUGGGCAUCAUUAGGAGCGGGCACGGCCACAGCUGUGGGCACCAGUGACUUUUGUGUCUCUCCUGACAAGUUCAUUGUCAAUCAAACCAAAGACUCCUUAAGUGCAGAUAUAGUGCACUAUUACCUGUACUGCAGCCAGAGUCUUCCCAAUCCGUUCCAGCAGUCUCUGACCAUCUUCCAGAGGUCUCUGACCACCAUGCAGAUACAGGUCCAAGGUUUGCUGCAGUUUUCUCUCCCUGUGUUUCCGACUGCAGAGAAAGAUCUUCUAGGAAUUCAGCGUCUCUUGAACUCCUCGGAGUUCAAUUUGCACCAGCUCACCGCCUCGCUGGACUGCCGUAGUCUUCAUAAAGACUAUCUGGAGGCUCUUCUGGGCGUUUGCUAUGACGGUGUGGAAGGGCUCCUGUAUCUGUGCCUGUUCUCUCUGCUGGCAGCCUGUGCCUUCUGUGCCCUGCUGUGUGCCGUCCCACGAGCCUGGACCCUCAUCGUCAUCAGGGACAGGGAUUAUGAUGAUAUGGAUGAGGAGGACCCCUUUAACCCUUCGAGGCGCAUCAGCGCGUAUAACCCCAGCCGAGCUCAAGUUCACAGUUUCUGCAGUUACAGCAGCGGCAUGGGCAGCCAGACCAGCCUUCACCCUCCGCUGCAGGCCACAUCCAGCACACCAGAGUACAUGAACCAGUCCAUGCUGUUUGAACGCAAUCCUCGCUAUGAAAACGUCCCAUUGAUUGGGAGCGGUUCACCACCUCCAUCGUUAUAUCCCCAGACAUUUAGAAACAUAUUCACCCAGCAUGAGGACCACUUACCUGUCCAUGACUGAUGCCCAAAUCAGACACUUCGGGACAGACUUUCAGGUGUAGGUUUUCUGGGUCCUCUUCCCAAAGGAGUCUCUGGCAGCGUGAGAUGAAGAUUAAAAAUCACUCAACGUCUUCAAAGCAU